AUGUCCUCAGGUGCUGCAUUCAUCGUGGCUUUCAUGGUUGUGUCCGUCGCUUCAUCACAGAUUCUAUAUUCGCCUCAGGGCUUCGGUGGCUACAAUUCUUACGCAUCUCCGUAUGGAAUGGGUCAAUACGGACAAAUGGGACAAAUGGGUGGCUAUGGAGCCAUGGCGGGGAUGGGAGGGUAAGUAAAACAAUUUUCUGAGCUUUUAGAGUGGUUUUUGGCAUCUUGACGUUUUCGCUGCGGGACCGAAAAAGUCUGUGUUUCGCCACGAAAACUUAAAGGUGGCUGAUCAUAACGCGUACAGUAAUUUCGACACUUUUCAGCUAUCCCUACGGCUACAACAGCAUGUAUGGCCAAGGAAUGAGCGGCAUGGGCGGCAUGGGCUACGGCAGUGGAAUGGGAAUGGGCGGCAUGAGUGGGAUGAGCGGCAUGAGCGGGUACGGUUAUCCCUAUAGUCGGCUCGGCAGCUCGUUUGUUGGUCGCACUCCUUUUGCGGUCCCCAUGGAUGCCUUGGGCAAGAAGAAGAAGCAUUAA